UGUCAAACACCAACAAUCGUCUGAAAUAUUAUCCCGGGCGGUACAAAACAGAGAAAAAAAACCAUCUUACUUUGCUCUUUUGUGGAAACAAGGACAACAGAAACAGACUUCGAGUUUACUUUGAGAAGUCAGCCUUUGGAAAUGUGGACUUUUCAACCGUUGCGACGAAAAACUUCUUGUUUUGUGUGUGUUGGUAGUGGAUCUCAGGCUAAUGUCUGUCAACGUUAGCGCUUGGUUUAGCUCGAGUUUUGUUGACAAACUAGCCAGUGAGCUAGUCAAUGAGCUAGCUGCGUUACAAACUUUGCUGUUUCGGGGGUUCGCUUGUCGUUUUCGAUAAAUGGAUCCCAGCUUGAACUCUUCUUUCAAACAUCUCUUUGAAAGAAAAACAGGUCUCCAAGGACUUACAGUACAUCUGUCAAAUAUGUGAAGUCCUUCUCAUCCUGGUGGACUCCUCAGUUACAAGCAGUGAGGAACUGGACUAGUAGGAAACAUCUUGGACCCAGCCAGGGCUUGUCACCAGGGGUGUCCUAAACCAAAUUUUAAAACUGAAGUCUAUGUGUGUGACAUAUUUCAACCCAGGACACAAACUGAGUAAAUCCUGUUCUGCCGUGGAGCCCUCGGCGCCGUUUAAACAAUCUAGUCUGCUUGUCAUGUGGGUACAUUACAGAAUAAGGCUCAUAUUACCCUCACUGGUAUCGCCAUCUUUCACAUCACCAUGGACCGGAAUAAACGCAAUUCCAUCGCUGGGUUCCCUACACGACCCGAACGUCUCAAUGAGGACAGGGACGGUAUCGGAGGGGUAGGGGUCGGCGAGAUGGGCAUGGGCCCAUCUCCACAGGUGGGCAGGGUGUGGCCAUCAUCCUACAGAGCCCUUAUCAGUGCCUUCUCCUGUCUUACUCGCCUUGAUGACUUCACAUGUGAGUGGAUUGGCUCUGGAUUCUUCUCUGAUGUCUUCAAGGUACGUCAUCGAGCUUCAGACCAAGUUAUGGCUCUAAAGAUGAACAAGCUCAGCAGCAACAGAGCUAACAUGUUGAGAGAGGUCCAGCUAAUGAACCGGCUUUCACAUCCAAACAUACUCAGGUUCAAGGGAGUGUGUGUCCACGAGGGACAGCUUCAUGCUCUGACGGAGUACAUCAAUGGCGGAAACCUGGAGCAGCUUCUCGACAGCAACAAACACCUGACUUGGCCCACCAGGGUGAAACUGGCCAGCGAGAUCGCCAGCGGUCUGGCCUACUUGCACUCUAAAGGCAUAUUCCACCGAGACCUCACCUCCAAGAACUGCCUGAUCAAAUGUGAUGAAAAUGGCUACACAGCGGUGGUGGGAGACUUUGGCCUGGCGGAGAAGAUCCCCACUAAUCUUGCCGAGGGAGAGAAGCUCUCGGUUGUCGGUUCUCCUUUCUGGAUGGCUCCAGAGGUGCUGAGAGAUGAACCCUACAAUGAGAAGGCCGAUGUAUUCUCCUAUGGAAUAAUCUUGUGUGAGAUCAUUGCAAGGAUCCAGGCUGACCCUGACUUCCUACCCCGCACGGAGAACUUCGGCCUGGACUACCACACGUUCCAGCACAUGGUUGGAGACUGUCCGCCUGACUUCCUCCAGCUGGCUUUCAACUGCUGCAAUAUGGACCCUAAACUCCGUCCAUCCUUCCCAGACAUCGUCAGGCACCUGGAGGAGAUUCUUGCUCGCCUUAAAGUUGAAGAGAUGGAGCAGGAGUGUGUCCCGCUCAGUGGGGACAACGACAAGAAGACUAUACCCAAAGGUGAAAAGAUCCAAGGCUUCAAGCGGCUGAACCCUCUCGGUUUCCAGGAUGACAAAAUCCCGCCGAAAUCACCCCGUCCCCGGCGCAACAUCUGGCUCAGCCGCAGCCAAUCGGACAUCUUCUCCUGCAAACCAAUAAGAAAAGUCAACGUCCAGGACCCUUACUAUAACCCACCCACUACUCAGCGAGCAUCCAAAGCCCGCAAGAUCAACCCGUUCACCGCCCGAGAGGACCUGUGCGGGGGCAAGAUCAAGUUUUAUGAUGUGCCCAGCAAGUCUGUCUUCUCGCUGGUGUUCGACCUCCACUCACCUCCGGGGAGUGUGUUCAGUAACCAGCCACCUGCUCAUGGACCUGUGGGGCCGCAACAGGAGGCGUCUUACUACUGGCAGCAGCUGCCAGGACGACAGUGCCACUCCUUACCGGUGUCCCCCCAACUGCCCCGCUCCGAGGUCUUCCACCUCGCUGCUGCUGUCAGCUCCAACAACAAUGGGUCUCUUACCUGUAACUCCAGCCAGCUGUCCACAACGCUUCCAGCGCCUAACUCCAGGUCUGACGCCGGCCUGACUGGAAACGACAUCCGACAGAAAGCGUUGCUGGGCGGCUGGGCGAAGAAAUACGUCGUGGUUGAGAUCCCACCUUACUGCAGGCAGAGAGGAGGAGAGGACGAUGGAGAGGUCGAGGGUAGGAAGGAGGGAAACAAGGAGGACUUGUCGGGGGAGAGCUGGUCAACGGUGGUCCCCAGCAGCGAGAGGGAGGACGGGGAGGCGAUGGACUGCUCCUGCAGCCAGGAGGCAGAGGAGGAAGGAGAAAGAGGGACAGACACCUGCCCGAUGUAACAGAUUUAAACCCAAACACUCACAUGAAGGGAGGCGGUGAGGAGGAUGUGCCGGUUUUCGGACAAGAGACGGGGACUCGGACUCCUGACUGUGAGGACAGUCAGGUAUACCGACGGACCGGGACGCAUUUCAAAGAUUUUGGAAAUAUAACGUAAAAAGAAAAGUAAAAGCACUUGAUUUUUAUCUCUCAAGUGAAUGUAUCACAUGUUCAAUAAAUCAAACGCAACUGAAUUUAGAUAAAUAAAUAUUUUUCAAAGCUGUUAUCACCCAGGUGUGACAGAACAAGGUGUUAGCACAAAAAAAAAAGAAGCUUUUAUCAACACGGUGGACACUCGGAAUAGAGAUUAUUUUUUUGAAAGGUUGUUUAUAUUUACUAUUGUGAGAUGAUGUAGAUUUUUUUCCUUGAAAGUUUCAUAUAUUAGGCGCCUUGUCUAUGAUAAGGGGCACUGAAGAUCCCUUGUGUUGUGUAUGUGUGAGUGUCUAAAAAUCAGAAAUGUGUUUUGAUACUUUCCCCUUUUGUUAGACAAGUACUUUAAACUAAAUCAAAAAACAUCGUCCACAUCCUUCGGAUAAAUGAGGCCGUGCGCUGACAUUCAGUGGAAAGAAUUAGAGAUGAUUCGUAAUAAAUGUGUGCCUGAAACACAACACGCAUUAGACAGAUGGCGAAUCUCAAACCAUCCGAGCAACCUCAAACCUGACUGCAGCGGUGAAAUGUUUUACAACAACAUGCCUCCUCGAACUAUUUCACGGGAGAAACUCUGCCUAAAAUCAACAGUGGUGAGUUUAUGAAGGAGAUGGUUUUAGGAAUUUAAGGACUUCAAGUACAUCAGUUUGGUUGCUACUUGAUGACAUAGGCCAUAAGUGCCACAGAUGAAGCAAGCUAACACCCUUCAGCAGUCAAAGCAUUCACGGGCAAGUGUUGUCGAGACAUCAAAGCCAGCACACAAACUUUCAGCAAACACGGAGCUUGUAAAUUUUUUUUGCAUUCGAAGCCGAGUCACCAAUUUCAUUUUUCAGUAUUUAUGAGUUUUCAAAACAGCCCCCUCUUGCAACUCUAAACACACGAUGAUGAUUGUCAAAAAUUAAAGCCAAAAGACAAACUGUUCACUCCAAAGCGGCCGAUGUUCUGCAAAAGUUACGUAGUCUUGCUUUAAAGUCAAAAUUGAAAUUUCUAGAAACUGGAUGCUCCUUUAAGAUGGGAGAUCAAUCUCAUGUGGAACUUGUAGCUAAAGAUAAACAUAAAGGCCAGCAGUAAUGUGAAUUAUAUAUGAACCAUACAGUAUACACAAAAAAUGAUAAUUCACAGUGUCAAAAUGCUACAAAUGAAACAGUGUCAUGAAACAAACUGUGAUUAAUGCUGAAACUCCACACACACACACGUAGUCGUCUAAAAAGCUGCCACAGGCUCAUUUUUUGAACAUGAUGCUGGGGCUUAGAUGACUGCAGGCCCAGGCUUUACUGGUCUCACUGUGGCGUAUAAUGUACCACUGGUGCAUGUACUGCCCCGCGCAUUUCCUUAAAAUUCAGUGUAUAUUUCCUUGUUAGUGGAGCACAUUUCAUUAAAGUCUCUGAUACUCCGAAACACUCUCUAAUGAGGUUGCUGCUAACAUUUGAUUGAAUUUUCAUUUCAAUAAAUUGGUGGUCUCAUGACAUUUUCUACUUUUAUUAACACGCUCCGAUGAAUGUCUUAAGCAGAUUUGGUGUCAGACUUCCUGUUUGAUCGUCACUGUUCUGUUGUCCACUUCCUGUGCUUCAUAGGUGUGGAAGGGGUGAGACCGCAGAGUUGAAUGUCACAGGUUAAAGCAUUUCUUCAGCUUUAAUGAGAGUCUCAUCUGGAAGGUGUGUUGCAUUAUAAAAUAAGAUUUUUACUCGUUAAACAUGAUGAACCGCGUUUGCCUCUGCUCCAGCACUUGUGUAUUGAUCCUGAUGUUACUCUCUGCUGAUCUCAGUCUGUUCACUCCAAUAGGAACUAAAAUGCACUUGUACAGUGAUCUCCUCUUAACUACUCGUCUCUACUUUCUAUGCAACAAAUGUAACUUUCACCACACUGUUUUACAGGAUAAAGGAUCUAAUUUGAUAUUUAUGAGAAUACAUUUUUAAUGUCUUACCUUUGUAUAUUUAUGUAAAAAGUUUGUGUUACCUCCCUCGAUGAAAUACAGAUUGAAAUGUUUUUGCUGAUCGAAUAACGGAGCUUCCCUGAGUUUUCCUUGAGUUCGUCUCUUAGUCUUUUCUUUAAGGAUGACUUC